AGCCUCCGCUUCUCCUCCGUUUAGUGCGAGAAGAUCCAAAUCCAAAACCUGCGCGUUUACAACUAUUUGGCGAAUCUGUGCUCGCGUGUUUGUUUAAUUCGCGGACUCUCCGGAGUUGUUCCCAAGUCACGCACUCGGAGGAUGACGCGCUCCAAAACGCUGAGAGGUCCGCGAGUGCCGUUCUAGCUCGUGCAGUUAGCAGACGCCGUGUCAAGCGGCGCUGGGGACGACGCAAAUGCGUCUGUUGUGGAACCAUGCCAGUCGCUGCUGCGGAAGGACUCUCGACUCUCACUGGGAUCUCCGUGUUUGGCAGCUGAUCGGCCGUCUCUGUACAUAAGUUUUUCGUGUGCUUUGGACGACGAAAGUGACCAUGACCGUCGAACACUCUCCCUUGGAUAGCCACGCCAAGAAGCAGCAGCAACAGCAACAGCAGGAGGAGGCGGUUCGUCAGGUCAUCAACCAGCUGAAAGAAAUCACCGGUGUUGAGGAUCCGGCCAUCCUGAGCCAGGCCCUGGAGGCCAGCCGCACGGUCUCGGGCAACUAUGACCUCACCCACGCCAUCAGCAUGCUGGUCGAAGAAGAUGGCGGACCCUCCGUGUCUCAGGUGGCCGGCGUUUCUGCGGAGGAGCAGGACAUCAGUCGGGCCUUGGAGCAGAGCCUCGGAGGCAAACGCAAGCGAGGUGCCGAAGCCUGGCUGGACCCGGCCAACCCGUACGAACGCCGGCGGCUGGGAGACUGGCCCGUGGGCAUCAAGAACGUUGGCAACACCUGCUGGUUCUCGGCAGUAAUCCAGUCCCUGUACCACCUGCCCAUGUUCCGGCGCCUGGUACUGGCCUUCGAGCCACUCCGGGCGUCCGCCCGGGACGGUCGGCCCCUGCAGGAGCAGCGCAGUCUGGGGCUCAUGCUGGAGCUCAGGCCCCUGUUUGCACUGCUGGCCGCCUCGCGGCGCAAGUACGUCGACCCCGGCCGGGCGCUCGAGCUCCUGCGGGACGCCUUCGUAGGCACGGCGGGUGGCGCCGGUGGAUCCCAGGGUCCCAACAAUCAGCAGAUGCAGCAACAGCAGCAACAGCAACAGCCACACCCUCCGCAACAGCAGCCGCAGCAGCAGCCACAGCAGCACCAGCCGCAGCAGCAGCAGGACGUAUCCGAGUUCACGCACAAGUUGCUCGAGUGGCUGGAGGAUGCCUUCCAGUUGGCGCACUGUGCUGCCAGCCCAGGCUCCGUACCUCGCAUGCAGCAGACGAACCCAAUGCUGGACCUUUUCUACGGGCGCUUUCGGUGCGAGGGCGAAAAUGAAGGUCGGCACUUCUCGCGAGAGGAAGCGUUUGGCCAGUACCCUCUUCAGGUGAAUGGAUUCAGUGACAUCCACGACAGCCUAGAGGCGGCCACCACCACCCUGGAACCCGAGAGUGCGUCGACACCAUCAUCUCGGCGACUAGGCCAAGAGACAUGGUUUACGAAGCUUCCGCCCGUGCUGGUCUUUGAGCUCUCUCGCUUUCGUUUCAAUCAGCACGUCGGCAAGCCUGAGAAGAUUCAUCAUCGGCUAGACUUUCCAGAGUUGCUCUAUAUGGACAGGUACAUGGAAUACAACAAGAACAUAACCCGCAGCAAACGUGAAGAGGUUCGCCGGCUUAAAGCUGAGCGGGAGAGGCUCAGGAGACAACUUGACAAGUACAUCCAGUAUGGCUCUGGGCCCAAACGGGUGCCCCUGCAAGAUGUGCUGCAAUACACGCUCGAGUUUGUCGAGAGCAAAGCGGCUCAGCAGAAAAGCGAGGAGGUCGAGAUGGGCUCACCAUCAUCAAGCCUGGCUGUGGGUUCCCCCGGUACCUCGCCGCCCGACGAGGGCCACUCAAGAGGAGGGAGCCCCCGAACCGUGAACGAGGGGCCCUGCCCACGCCACGUGGCAGAGCCCGAACUCCGGCUGCUGCAGAACUGCCUGCGGCGGUGGCAAUCCGAGGUCGAGCACGACGUCAAGGAGCUGCAGGAUAGCAUGAGUCGCAUUGAUGCCACCAUUCGGGACAUCUACACGGAGCCAUCAUUACUACAGAUGCCCUACCGGCUGCACGCAGUCCUGGUGCACGAGGGUCAGGCCGCGUCGGGCCACUACUGGGCCUUCGUGUACUGCCCGCGUCGCGCAGCCUGGCUCAAGUUCAAUGACGUCGCAGUCGCCGAGGUGACGUGGGCCGAGCUGCUGCGGGAUUCGGUCGGGGGCCAUCACUGCACGUCGGCUUACUGCUUGCUGUACGUGGACCGCAACAAUCGUGAUCUCUUCGAUGGUGCUAAGGUCUCCGAGCUGGAGCUUCCACCGGACCUGGCUCAGUACGUGGAGGCGGACAAUGCCGCCUUCCGCAGAGAGCUUGAGCAGUGGGACCUCGGCAACCGCGAGAAGGUGGCUGUGGACGCUGCCACAAGUGGGAACGACAUUGUGGUCACCCCGGUGCGGUCGCAGCAGGAACGGCCAAUAACGACAGAACACAGCACUGGCGGUGGAGUGCUAAGUGCCAGCCCAUCGUGGCCUGCGCUGCAGCAGGAGCAUGCCCAGUUGGCCCAGGGCUGGACCCAGGGCAGGCUGGCACAGUUAAGCCACACCCUGGCUGCCGAGGGGCCUCGGGGAGCAUUAGCCAAGGCACUUGACCAGGAGCUCGCGCGCCUGCAGCGGCUAGCCCGGGUGGCGCAGCAGCGCGCGGCUGUGUCGCCAUGGCCGAGUCGAUCGGGCGGCACCGACGAGGAAGACCCCCGGCUACAGCACAUUGGCCUCUUCCUGCUUCUCAACGGUGCCCCCGUGCAGCCGUACCUGCACCGAGUGCUGCUUGAGCAGUUUGCACAGCCGGAUUUGGACAAGGACCCCGUUGGGGCACCCCUGCGACAGGAGGCCCUGCGCUGGCUGACGGAGCUGUCUCCGUCGGGUGCCGCUGGGGACGUGGAGAUGGAGGCGGUGUACCGAGGCUGGCACAUGCUGUACUGCCGCUUCCGGCACCUGGCCAGUGCGCUGACCAUUGGACUGGAGCACUACUGGGCACACCGGCUGCCGUCGGCUGUCCACCUGCUGGGCGCCGCCUGCGCACUCAAUGAGGCUCUGCUCGCCAGGCCCCCGCCGGCCGAGUCCCACUCCCGGUACCUGGGCUUCGACCCGAGGCUGCUGGCCUACUGCCGACGCAUGGCGCUGCUGGCGCUGAAUGAAUACUGUGCGCGGCAGUUCGAGGAAGGCAGCUUGCGGGACGCUCUGGGUGCCCUCAGGCUGAUGACCGACACGGUGCUGCCGCACCUGGCACCCCUGAUGAGCCCAGUGGCGGGUGCCCAAGACACACGCGCCGUCGAGGAGGUGCGCAGCCGGUGGUGUGCCAUGCUGGGACUCGCCAUGCCAGACGAGAAGCAGGAGCAGCUGGAGGACAUGUUGAGCAAGCUGCUGGACCCCGGGGCGGACACGCCGGCCGUGUCUCCACUGAGUGUCCCCCGGGUGACGAACCUGUCGGCCGCCUACGAGCAAGUAAUGCGACGGCUCACCUCGUCCAAGCACUUCGAGGCAGCAUUACACGAAGAGGGCCUGCCUUCUCUCUCCUAGCCCCCUCCCCCUCCUUCUAUUCUUGGAUGACCUACUCCUUCCACCACACGUUUUGUGUCAGUCCCCCCCCCCUCCCUUGUACUCGCACAAGUACACAUCCUGUUUCUUUUUAUUUUCCCCCAUUUCUUAAGCACCGUUAACAUCUUUUAUGCUUUUUUUUUUUCUUUUGCUGUGAGAGUUUUGUUGGAGAGGCAAGAAGGGUCCCUCCUCUGAUUGUUCGCUAGGUGUGUCAACUGGUUUGGUCACUGUUGGGUGCUUGCUGCUGGGCUGGGGCCUGAAACAAGACAUCUGCUUUGUGUUAGUUGACGGGUCGUCACAGUUUUUGCCACCUAUGUAUCCCGAUUUUAAUUCAUCGUGGUCCUAAGAAUUUGAGUAAUAUAAAUUGACAUAUAAGAUUUUUUUAUUUUCAAAAAUUUAUGUUCGUUUGUUCGUCAAGUUGUCUAAGGUGUACGAUUUCACUUGAGGCAGGUACCGAGAAGUCUGUACAUUUGGAUGCGAAGGUGUUUCUAAAUUAUGUAGAAAUAAAUGUAAGAUUAAUAUACAGUACAACAUAGAAGAGAAUAUAAUUAAAAUAGACUGUGAAGCCUUUUGAGUUUGUGUAUGCAGUAUACUUCAGUGAACUACACACACAGUGCUUUUCAUAUGUUUAAUAUAUACCGAAAAGAAAUUACAAUUCUACCGUGUUAUUCAGAGAUACAACUUAUCCCCAAAUCACAUAUGUGCUCGUGUGUGUGUUAAAAACAUCUAACUUUUAUUCUCACUGCUUGUAACGUGUCUUCUGGUGAAAGACAUAUCUUAAUUCAUUAUCCAAAUGGAAGAUAACAACAUGCAAUUUUGGUUUUUCCUUUUUUCUUUCCUGCACUUUGCACCGAUAAACAAGUUUUAUGUGGUCCGAAGCUUGUUUUAUGAUUAUUUGACGCGCAUUCGUGAAAUGCGACCUCAUGUAUGCAUGCACACAUUGCUAGACUAGUCUUGUAUUGCGUGCCUAACCUAACCUGGUGGUUCAUAGUACAAUUCACUACCAGCGAGCGUCAUCUUUGACCCUGCUCAAUUUGAUGCCCGCAAUAGAAGCCCUCAUCAACAGAAGGAGUGUUGGGAUGUAGCUUUUGUCUUUAUAAUUUACAUCGGCAGUGUGUGGUUAGUGGGCUGGGCCAGUAGCAGUGAAGCGGUGGCAUGACAGCGCAGUGCAAAAUUUGAAUAAAAACACAGUCAGUGAGGGAAACAAACCCGGUGAUCAACAGCCUGUUCUCUUCUUUCGUUUAGCUAGGAUUCAGGCAGAGUAUUUAAUCUCUCUUGUCGUCUGUUUUAAGUUAAACAUGUGAGUAUCUGUAUCGAAUGCCUAACGAUUUGUUCCGGUGAAUAAGCAGCCAGCGCUGUCUGUCCCGUUGUUCCUUAGUCAGCCAGUGCAAAACUGGCAGCGGCAAAUUUUUGCUAGGGUGUCAGCAUGGGUCGUCGAGCUUUCUGUCGUCGUCUGCUUGCCGACUGCAUCCGCACUUCUGCCGAGAUGUGCGCGGGCGCUAGCGGCACAGACAAGCCCCACACUGUGGUGCUCGCACAAAAAUGGAUGUAGGCUUUUGCACUGCACAUGAGCGUUUGUGUGUACACGCAUGAGUGCCAUUGACCUCCGUUUUGCAAGCUUUGGAGCUGUUGAGUUUGAAAAAUUAAGGAUGCUUUCGUUGCCCCCGCAAUGUUGCUGCACUUUUACAGUGGUGGUGGUGCUGCAAACUCGUGUGGACAGGGUUUUGUGGUAGUGGCUGGUGUGCCAGUGUGGUGUGGUUGCACCAUGCACCAGAGUGGUUGUCGGUGCUGGUUUGUGGAUGGUACCAUAAGAACACCCUCCCCCCCUCUGCCCCCUUCAGUUUAUUUGACGCUUAAAUGGGCGUGCGCAAUAGUUUGACUGGUAGGGUCAUUGCCUUGAAAGCAGCGCUGGAUCAACAUAAGGAAGGGCCUGGGUGAAGGGGACCGACUGGCAUUGCUGGGCUCAAACUCUGACGGUUCACGAAAAGGGUAAGGGGACACCUCCGAUGUUUCAGUCUGGUCUUGGUGUGGAGCUUUCGCGAAAUGCUCAUUGGGCAGUUUCACCUUGGCACAGUCGGAAGGCCGGCACUCCAAGGUCCGGGGGUGUCGUGUAGCAGUGACAAACGAGAUGUUGAAAGUAUUUUUAUAAUUUUUUUGGGUGCGCCAGUGUAAAUGGGAGAGAGGCUUAUUUUGAAUGUACGUGCGUGCACGCACAGAAUGGAGGGUUGCCACCAUGCAACUUUUAAGCGACUACACAGAUACUUACUAACGAGGCGGAUCGUCUGAGAGUGUGGUACAAGUGAUGCAAGUGCCGCCGAUGACAGAUGUUGAAGGAACCAACAAACUCGGCUGUGCCUGAUGCGUCUGCUAUGAUUUGUUGCCUUUUCAUGUAGCACCUCGCACAUUAACCCGGUGCACCGAGAUGGUACUACGUCUGGACGCACAUCCAUCCCACCAAUUGGGUGGAAGGACAGGCUUCCCGUGCUCGCCAUUUGCCUUGCCCCACUUGGGCAAAGCCUGCACGCAGCUUACAGUGUGUGACAAUCUGCCGUGCCGCAGUCUCGGUCAACAAGGUGUGCAGCCGUGGAACGUGCUUCGAAGUUAUCUCUUUAACUUUACCUAAUGGCACCUGGUCUCUGGGCUUCCCAGUCCCCGAACAAACGACGCCAGGCCGCAUUGAGCUCCUUUUUCAUGUCCUAUGCAUUUGUGUUUGUCAUGUCAUAGUCUGGAAGGACUCGUAAACUUUCUUUCCUUUCUAGUGAGAUUUGAGUGUGCUUUCUAUUUAAUGGCUCGUGCUCGAGCACCGCACCCCCUUUAUCCCCCCUACACCCCUGUGAAUGCUUCUAGUUGUAGGUUGCAAAGAUAUGGCAACAAUAUGAAGAGUGGUGUUUCUAAAUUUUUUUUUCAAUUGUUGUGCAUCUCUCUUCUACACGGGCAUUGUUGCAAUUUCAUCUUAGUCUUUUUUUUUUCUCUUUAAUUGUGCAAACUGCACCUAGCUUGCAUUUUACUGUUAACUCUCGAGCAGUGUCAUUGCGGUGCCUAUACCAAAACAUUUGCUUCUUUAGCGACUUGUAAAUUUCUGUACAAAUGUAAAUAAAAACCGUUGUUUGCGUUGCA